GUUGUUUUAUAUUUAUUUGGAAUUUUCUGAUCUAAUUAAUGGCUGCGAUCACUGAAAUGACCACUGCUUCAAAUGACGUAAUCAACAAUGGUGGAGACGGAAUUGAGAAGAGCUUGUUGAAGACGGAUUCUAAACCGGAAUAUGAUCAAAUGAAGAAACUUGUGGCCAUGUUCAAGAAACUCAAUCCUGAAGCUAAGGAAUUUUUCCCUUCUUACAAGAAGAAUACUAAUCAGUCUCUGUCUUCUGACGAUUUUGUGAUUGCUAAAAAGCCAUCUGGUGAAGACAACAAAAAGGAUGGCAUUAACCGGAGGAGAAGAACCAACUAUAACCAAGGGAGGAGAGUGAGGUUACCUGGAAGAGCUUCUAAGGCUCAAAGAGAAGAUAGUAUUAGAAGAACAGUUUAUGUCUCUGACAUUGAUCAGAGUGUGACUGAGGAAGUCCUUGCUGGCUUGUUCAGCAGCUGUGGACAAGUUGUUGAUUGUCGAAUCUGUGGAGAUCCAAAUUCAGUUCUUCGCUUUGCGUUUGUUGAGUUUUCUGAUGACCAAGGUGCACGAUCGGCUUUAAGUCUUGGUGGAACAAUGAUCGGAUAUUACCCAGUUAGAGUAUUACCUUCAAAAACUGCUAUUCUUCCAGUGAAUCCCACAUUUCUACCCAGGUCAGAAGAUGAAAGAGAGAUGUGUACAAGGACCAUCUACUGCACAAAUGUCGACAAGAAUGCCACUGAAGAUGAUGUCAAAUCCUUCUUCCAGUCUGCCUGCGGUGAGGUUACUCGCUUAAGGCUCCUUGGUGACCAAGUGCAUUCUACUCGCAUAGCUUUUGUUGAAUUUGCCAUGGCAGAGAGUGCAGUUGCAGCGCUAAACUGCAGCGGAAUAGUCUUAGGAUCUCAGCCGAUAAGGGUAAGCCCUUCAAAGACACCAGUGAGAUCACGAAUCACUCGAUCACCAUCACCAAACUAGUAGAAACAGAUCAGGAGAUGCUUUGUUGAUGAAGGAGAGUGAUGCAACAUUCAUUUUUUCUUUUCGGUUGUCUUUCUUUUUUCCCUAGAGCAGUUAUUUUCCAGUUAUGUAGUAUCUGGAAAGACGGCAACGAUGAACAUGCUUCUUGAAUUUUGGAGUUCUUGUUCUGAUUUUUUCUUUACUGAUUGAGUCAUAUCAUCUUUCUUUAAAGGAAUUGUUUGAUCAUUUUUGUUGGUUCUUAACUAAAAAUAUUAGAAUUUA